AAAAAAAAAAAAAAAAAAAAAAAAAAACCCAAAUGCCAAUAGCAUAAUCCCGUGAGCUUCCAUUCUUAAAAUUCAGAAAAAGUCUCCGUCCUAACUCCCUUUGUCUCCCUCCCUCUCCCUCUCAAUUCCCAAAACCCAUCCAAAACCUUCAUUCAAUUCAAAGUGAUUGAUAAUUCAGGAAUGCAUCUUUUGCUACCACUACUUUAUAGAUGACUGGUGUUGGGAAGCGACUGUAUUGUUUUUGUCAUUGGGGGGGAAAGCGUAAAAUUGACACUGCAAGAAAUGUGACUUAUGAAGGAGGAAUUACAGUGGCUGUUCUCCUUACUGAAGGUACAAGCUACAAUGCUUUUGUACCGCUUGUGUGCGAGCAUCUUGGCAUUGACCCAAAAGGAAAAGUACUAUACUAUUCUGCUAAGCUUGAUAAGACACAAUAUAUUUGUUUGAAAAAUGAUUCUCAAUUAAAGGCCAUGUUGGAAUUGAAUGAUGAAAUAGCUGAUGUGUAUGUGGCUCAUGCUGAUGGUGUCUUGAGGUGCUCAAACCCAGCUUUGCAACAAAUACCAGUUGAGAGUGGUGCUAAUGGGUAUGUGGACCAUGCAAAUGAUGGCAGUUCUGGGUCCUCAUCAAACAUUGCUAUGCAACCAAUACCAAACAGGAGUAAUGAAGAGCCCAAUACCAAUCUUUGCGGCAAUGAUAUCAUGGCUUCUAUCCCAAAGCACAUUGAAAAUUCCCCACUUGUGGCUGCUAUGCAUAAAAAGGCCAUUUUGGAAAAAGGCCAAUUAUUUGACAGCCCAGAAGAGUUUCAGUCUGCUGUUGAGAAACACUCACUUGAAAAUAAUUUUGAAUAUACAGUCAAAGACAACAGUUAUGAAUAUAUGAGCGCUCGAUGCAAGGUUGAUGGUUGUCCAUGGAAAGUAACAGCUGUUUGUGAAGGAAACACAAGAUUAGUCAUGGUGAAAAGAUUUAUCAACAUUCACAAACAUUCUGUGCAGGAUCAGAUGGGUUGCAAACUGGGUUUGAGUUCUAAUUUGGUUUCAGGAUUGAUUGUAGAGAAGCCAAGUGCUGAUCCUUGCUCUUUGUCUAAAAGGAUACACAAAGAUCAAUCAGACUUUGAUGUUGAAGCGAACUAUCAAAAAUUAUGGAGGGCAAGGAAGAAGGCAAAAGAGGCAAUUAAUGGGAAGCCAGAGGACUCCUACAAGCUAAUUCCAUGGAUGUGCAAGCGACUUAUGGAGUCAAUUCCAGGUACAGUUGCCAAAUGGACAUGUAGUGAUGAGAAUAAAUUCAGGCAGUUAUUUGUUGCAUAUGGAUGCUCCAUAACCGGUUUCCAUAAUGGAUGUAGGGAGUUGCUGUUUGUUGAUGCCUAUCACUUGAGUGGGCCAUAUAAAGACACUUUGUUGUCUGCAUCUGCCUUAGAUGCAGAUGAUGGCUUAUAUCCUCUAGCUUAUGGGGUAGUUAAUACUGAUAAUGAUGAAAACUGGUUGUGGUUCCUAGAGCAUCUAAAGUCUAUUAUGAUGGAUCGUCACGUGGUUCUAGUUUCAGACAGGAACCCAAGCUUUCUUUCAGCAGCUAAUAAAGUGUUUGGCAGUGAUUACAAUGCUCACUGUCUCAGCCAUUUGAAGGAGAGCCUAGACUACUUCAUAAGUAGUAAUCCGGUCUUAAAGAUGGGAACUGACAAAAAGAAAAUAGCACUGAAACUUCUCAACGACAUUGCAUAUGCAAGAACAACUGAUAAAUAUGAAGCAAUGUUAGGAAAGAUGCGGUUGUUAAAGGAGGAGUUAUAUGAUUGGGUUGUGUCCACUGGACCAGAGCAUUGGGCUAAUUCUUUGUUCCCUGGAAGGCGAUGGGAUAAGAUCUUCACAAGUCAGGUAGAGUCCUUUAACAGAUUUGUGCAGGAGGAAAGAGAUUUACCAGUUGUAGGCUUCAUUACUGCUCAUCGUCUAAAGUUAAGCGAGCUUCUAUUGAGAAAGCAGUCAGAGGUGGCGAAGUGGGAAACUCCUGUGGGUGGAAAGAUUGAAAUGAAAAUCAAAGAAAACCAGAACCUAGCAGUUGGUUUGAAUCACCAUACUAUCUCGCCUACUAAUAUGGAGGUACACGAGAAUGGGGAGACUUUUGCAGUGGCAUUGGACAUGAAAUCAUGCAGCUGCCGCGAGUGGGAAAUGACGGGUAUCCCUUGCCGACAUGCUUGUUGUGCUGUAACUGCUGCAAACACUAAUAUUUAUGAUUAUGUGGAGAAAUGCUAUAUGAAGGAGACACAGGAGCAAAUAUAUGCCUCCAACAUGCCUUCAGUGCCAAUCCAUGAUAUGCCCACCUUGUCUGAGCUCCAUGGAAAUGACCCCAACUCUCUGGUUGGAAGCAUGAGUAUUCUUCAUCCACCCCCAGAUAAAAGACCUCCUGGUCGACCGAGGAAGAAGCAGAUUGACUCUCAACUUCAGGACAAGAGGAAACUGCAUUGUUCCCGUUGCCAUAAAGCUGGUCAUAACAGAAGUACCUGCAAGGAACAGCCAUCAUGCUAGGCAGUGCAUAUGUAUCCAUUUUUAUUGAUUAUCAUUCAGUCCACAAAAAUAAUCAGAAUAUAUGGUUUAAUCA